AUGUCAAAUGGAGACAUAUUUGACAAAAACCAUGAUGAGUUAGACUCUGAGUUCUUGGGAACAUCAGAGGCAAAGAUUCAGACCAAUGUUUAUGGAAAUGGAAGCACAAACGUUGGCAGAGGAGAGAGAUAUGGCCUCUGGUUUGAUCCUUCAGAAGAUUUCCAUCAAUACAGUAUCCUGUGGACUGAGAUUUGGAUUAUCUCGAAGAAAUCAGGAAAGGGAAAGAGGCCUGGAAAGGGAGGGAAUCGGUACUGGAAGAACAUUGAUUUAGGCUUCAAAACUCCAUGA